UACAUUGCACUUCACAUCAAUCAGUGUUGAAGGAAACCGUGAAGAAUUAGUAUAGAUAGAUUUUUUAUAUUAAGACUAUCCUAAUUAGAUAAAUGAAGUGAUCCUAUUUGAAUUAAGGAGUAAAAAAUACGGGGCCAUAAUGCGUCCAGUGCUAUUUGUGGCACUCUUGUUUUGCGGGGUGUUCGCUACUCGGGCAUAUGAGGACUCCAACCUUGAAGAUGAUGACUUUGCGGAGUUUGAGCAGUUUGAUGCAGAAGAUGAGCUUCCGGGAGGAGACCAGGGUUUUCAAGAUUUCAAUGAUGUAGAAAAAGAGGCUCCGGCUCAAAAACCAAAGCUGACUUCGAAUGAUGAAUUUGAGGCAGAAGUUGAGACUGAAGAUGAGCUUGUUGUUGAGGAUGAAGACAAUGAGUUUGAGCACUUCCAAGACCCGGAAGAGUUCGAAGGGUUCCAGGACAACGUUCCCAGGAACACUGAGCAGCCAAAGAUUACCAUAUCUAAGGUCCCAAUCACAGUCCGGCCGCGCUGGGACGCGUACUGGUUAGAAGGCGCGCUGUGCUGCCUGCUGGCCGGCUACGCGCUGUCGUACGCCGUCGGCCGCGCCAAGAACACCGCCAUCGCCACCAACUUCCUCAAACUGCACAAACCGCUACUAGAUGACAAUUUUACUCUAGUCGGUGAAACGGGUAGCGACGUUGUAUGCGUAGGCGAAGACCGCGGCUGGCGGCGCGAGGCGGAACAUUGCUUCACUAUGUGGUGCAGCGGCCGCGUGUGCUGCGAGGGCAUGCUGCUCACUCUCAAGCUCAUCAAGCGUCAAGACCUGGUCCACGUGAUCCUGGGCAGCUUCCGUAAGACCCCGGACAGUCUGCAGGCCCGGAUCGAGCUCGGCAAAGACGACAGCGACCCCUUCGUGCUGUGCAUCGCGCAGAAGAAGAUCGCCACGCGCCUCGCCAAGGAGAUGCAGGACUUGAGCGUGUUCUGCCCCGAGCGGCGGCCGGGAGACAAGCACGGGCUGCCGUCCUCGCUGUCCGUCAUGUCCGAGUGCGGCGAGGCCACGGCCGCCAUCUUGGAUGCUCGCGUCACGGCCGCGCUGGCGCAGUACCCAGACCACAUACAGUACAUACACAUAUCCGACAAGUACGCUGGCGUCAAGCAGAUGGAGGAGACUGCAGCGACGAAACCCCCAGACACGGAACGCGUGCUGAUCGUUUCUCUGGCAUUGGGUCCAGAUGGUGGCGGUGCUGAGGUCCGACCUCUAUUGCUGCUCAUCUUCCAUCUACUGGAGAAGGUCAAACGCACCCGGCUUAGCAAAGAGGCCCUAGCCAAGUGCGAGAAGCGUCGUCAGAAGGUGGCGGAGGCGUGGCUGCGCGGCGCGCACGCCGCCCGCCAGGAGCAGGCCGCCGUGCGCCGCGAGGAGAGACGCAAGCAGGAGAAGGAGAAGAUACUCGCUGUCAGUAUACCUGUACCUCCCUCUAUUCUAGAAGGUGGCGGAGGCGUGGCUGCGCGGCGCGCACGCCGCCCGCCAGGAGCAGGCCGCCGUGCGCCGCGAGGAGAGACGCAAGCAGGAGAAGGAGAAGAUACUCGCUGUCAGUAUACCUGUACCUCCCUCUAUUCUAGAAGGUGGCGGAGGCGUGGCUGCGCGGCGCGCACGCCGCCCGCCAGGAGCAGGCCGCCGUGCGCCGCGAGGAGAGACGCAAGCAGGAGAAGGAGAAGAUACUCGCUGUCAGUAUACCUGUACCUCCCUCUAUUCUAGAAGGUGGCGGAGGCGUGGCUGCGCGGCGCGCACGCCGCCCGCCAGGAGCAGGCCGCCGUGCGCCGCGAGGAGAGACGCAAGCAGGAGAAGGAGAAGAUACUCGCUGUCAGUAUACCUGUACCUCCCUCUAUUCUAGAAGGUGGCGGAGGCGUGGCUGCGCGGCGCGCACGCCGCCCGCCAGGAGCAGGCCGCCGUGCGCCGCGAGGAGAGACGCAAGCAGGAGAAGGAGAAGAUACUCGCUGUCAGUAUACCUGUACCUCCCUCUAUUCUAGAAGGUGGCGGAGGCGUGGCUGCGCGGCGCGCACGCCGCCCGCCAGGAGCAGGCCGCCGUGCGCCGCGAGGAGAGACGCAAGCAGGAGAAGGAGAAGAUACUCGCUGUCAGUAUACCUGUACCUCCCUCUAUUCUAGAAGGUGGCGGAGGCGUGGCUGCGCGGCGCGCACGCCGCCCGCCAGGAGCAGGCCGCCGUGCGCCGCGAGGAGAGACGCAAGCAGGAGAAGGAGAAGAUACUCGCUGUCAGUAUACCUGUACCUCCCUCUAUUCUAGAAGGUGGCGGAGGCGUGGCUGCGCGGCGCGCACGCCGCCCGCCAGGAGCAGGCCGCCGUGCGCCGCGAGGAGAGACGCAAGCAGGAGAAGGAGAAGAUACUCGCUGUCAGUAUACCUGUACCUCCCUCUAUUCUAGAAGGUGGCGGAGGCGUGGCUGCGCGGCGCGCACGCCGCCCGCCAGGAGCAGGCCGCCGUGCGCCGCGAGGAGAGACGCAAGCAGGAGAAGGAGAAGAUACUCGCUGUCAGUAUACCUGUACCUCCCUCUAUUCUAGAAGGUGGCGGAGGCGUGGCUGCGCGGCGCGCACGCCGCCCGCCAGGAGCAGGCCGCCGUGCGCCGCGAGGAGAGACGCAAGCAGGAGAAGGAGAAGAUACUCGCUGUCAGUAUACCUGUACCUCCCUCUAUUCUAGAAGGUGGCGGAGGCGUGGCUGCGCGGCGCGCACGCCGCCCGCCAGGAGCAGGCCGCCGUGCGCCGCGAGGAGAGACGCAAGCAGGAGAAGGAGAAGAUACUCGCUGUCAGUAUACCUGUACCUCCCUCUAUUCUAGAAGGUGGCGGAGGCGUGGCUGCGCGGCGCGCACGCCGCCCGCCAGGAGCAGGCCGCCGUGCGCCGCGAGGAGAGACGCAAGCAGGAGAAGGAGAAGAUACUCGCUGUCAGUAUACCUGUACCUCCCUCUAUUCUAGAAGGUGGCGGAGGCGUGGCUGCGCGGCGCGCACGCCGCCCGCCAGGAGCAGGCCGCCGUGCGCCGCGAGGAGAGACGCAAGCAGGAGAAGGAGAAGAUACUCGCUGUCAGUAUACCUGUACCUCCCUCUAUUCUAGAAGGUGGCGGAGGCGUGGCUGCGCGGCGCGCACGCCGCCCGCCAGGAGCAGGCCGCCGUGCGCCGCGAGGAGAGACGCAAGCAGGAGAAGGAGAAGAUACUCGCUGUCAGUAUACCUGUACCUCCCUCUAUUCUAGAAGGUGGCGGAGGCGUGGCUGCGCGGCGCGCACGCCGCCCGCCAGGAGCAGGCCGCCGUGCGCCGCGAGGAGAGACGCAAGCAGGAGAAGGAGAAGAUACUCGCUGUCAGUAUACCUGUACCUCCCUCUAUUCUAGAAGGUGGCGGAGGCGUGGCUGCGCGGCGCGCACGCCGCCCGCCAGGAGCAGGCCGCCGUGCGCCGCGAGGAGAGACGCAAGCAGGAGAAGGAGAAGAUACUCGCUGAGGACGACCCAGAAAAGCAGCGCCGAUGGGAGCUGAAGGAGCAGAAACGCCAACAGAAGCGCAAGACCCCCAAGAUGAAGCAGCUUAAAGUCAAGGCGCUCUAAGCCCGUACUAUAAUAUACACUCAAGAUACAAUCCUCAAGUAAAGAGUUUCGUAUGAUUUGUAAGCAUAUAGAAAAAAUACAGUCGCUCAAAACAGUGUAGGGUCAGGUGGGGUAAAUAUAAGACACGGGUAAAAAUAAUACUAAGUUUUUAACACUCAAAAACCUAUUCUAUUUCAAUAAGAGAACCCGAUAUUUCGACGCAGUUACAUGCAUCUUGUUCACGGGUAACUGAAGAUAGCUGGUGGAUGUCAAAGUUGUGUAGACCGCGCUCGGUCUACCCUCAAGCCCGGUUCACAUUUGUCUGUCCUGUCGUGUUGUGUUGUGUCGAGAAGCAUAUCGAUUUCAUACAUUUAAUAUGAUUGCGUGCACAUUUGUCUGACGCAGCGUGCAUCAGACAAAUGUGAACCGGGCUUCAUUCGUACGCGUCGGCUGCUCAAAAACAAUACAAAACGUAAUCACGGUCCAUAUCCCGGUCAAUAUAAUUCUAUUCUAUUACAUUCCUAUUUCAUUGAAAAAGAAGUCUACACACAAGACUAGUUUUUUAAGGGUUAAAAACUUAGUCUUAUUUUUACCCGUGUUUUAUAUUUAUCCCACCUGACCCUAAUUGUAGCCAUAGAUUUUACUUGGUAAAAGGAGCAGAAUGUAUGAAGCCAUACAAUACAACGCUGUCUUUCAACUUUCAACUGAUAAAAUUACGGUUAAGUAUAUUAUUACACUCCUUUACGCGUCUUAGUAUUUCUUUUGUUUACUGAGAUGAGGUAUGGUAUACAGUACCUGGCGAUAAAUAUUGCGUAUCGGUCUUUAGAAAGAAACAAUUGGAGACAACGAGAGAGAAAGAGACAACGCUCUACGAAGCUCAUAUUCCGAUGUGCAAUAUUUAUCGCCGCGUACUGUGAAUGGGGCAUUAGCCACUGUAUGUAUAUCGACAUAAAAUAGUAGAAAUUAAAUAAAAUGGAACUAAAAAAAUUAUAUACUAAAUUGUUGCCAUGUUUAAGCAUUUUAUUUUACGUCAAAAAUGUGAGUUACGUAGGAAGUGGCGGCCCUCAAUUAUUUUUUACAAUUUCUUGUCGGACUAUACCUACUAUACCUCUACUGUCUCUCUGGUACAGCCAGCAGAAGAAGUAGCUAAGCGGGUGAAAUAUUCCAAAUUUUGUGUUAAGAAAAUAAGACCUUCUGCAGAUAAUGUUAGACACCUGGCCCGCUUAACCAUAGUGGAACUGGUCUUGAGUGUUGCUUAAUUACGAGCCAAAACUGCAACCUUUCCAACCGCGAUACCUUUACCCCCGUUUUGCCAUUUCAAUUAAUGGGGUUGGCCGGUCGAAGUAUUUAGCAGAUGGCGCCACCAUAGCUUGCCCUGUCAAUCCCUAGAAUUGUGUCAAAUUUUUUUCUUAAUGGAAUUUUAUGUCCUGGAUGCCAGCCCUUUAAGCCAAAUCUCAUAGAAAAAGGGGCAAGCUAUGAUGGCGCCGUCUAUCGUGCAAACCUCUGGCAGUUGCCAACCCCAUUGUAACAAGCAGUCAUUGCAUUAAAAAUCCAUACUAUAAAAUUUUGCGGUACGACUCGUGCAUAAACGUACUUCUUUGUCUAUUAUCGUUAUUUAAAAAUGUAAUGAAUUGGAUUCAAUUUGACAGUAUCUGUAAGUAAAUGAUCAUUGUAACUGUUUGUGAUUUGUUCAAGGAACAAAAUAUGUGACUAUAAAAUUCUUUGGCAGUCAUAGUCAUAAUGUAAAAAAAAACUAAAAUGUCAUUAAUAAAAAAAAUGUGGUUAGUAUUUUCUCGAAUCAAAAUUAUCAUUUGAGUGUGCGUUCUAAAAUGUGAUUUUAUUGUGUGUGUGAAUUCACGCGAAUUGUAAGUUAUAAUUAUACCCGUUAUCUUGUAAAAAUUAUGAACCCUUAUGGGACUGUUAAUUCAUAAGCGAAAAACGAAUUUCUAAUAAUUAUGGUAAUUCUAGUUAUAUUAACUGUUUUUUAUUCUGCAUAUUAAAUGAUGUCAUAGAAAUAAUUCUUAAUAGGUAGAGUUAAUAAGUAUUUUAUUUUUCACUAAAAAAUUGAAAUGGCAAAUCGGUUUGUGUGGAAGUAUUGUAGUGUUUCGAUUACUGAUGUGAUGUGUCAAAUGCAAUAUUAUUUAAAGUACAGUCGGCUUCAGAAGCCACUGAACUUUUUACUUAGAAAUGUAACUAUGCCCCAUUAGUACAUGUUCAAUGGACAGUCGCCAUCAGAUAUAUCGGAGCGGCCAAGGCGCUCACAAAUAUCUGAACACGCCUCUAUUGUCAGGGCGUUAGAGUGCGUGUUCAGAUAUUGUGAACACUUCGGCCGCUUUGAUAUAUCUGAUGGCGCCUGUUCUUAUUUGUGGAUGACUGUACAUUUUUGUUAUUUAUUUACCUCUAAGUGUUAUUUACCUACUCAGUGAGCUCGAUUAAAUGAAUUUAAGUUGCAAUUA